AAAGGACGACAUAUAAAUAUCGAAUGGUACUCCCGCAAGUCCAAAGGUGAACAACCGUGUCCAACAAAACAACCGAAACACACAAUGUCAGGGUUUAGAAUAUUAGUUGGUUGCAAACGUGUAAUUGAUUAUGCUGUCAAGGUCCGUGUUAAGCCAGAUAAAACUGGAGUAGUGACUGAAGGGGUGAAACACAGCAUGAAUCCGUUCGACGAAAUCGCUGUGGAAGAAGCAGUCAGAAUGAAGGAGAAAAAGCUGGCCUCUGAAAUUGUUGCAGUGUCUUGUGGUCCUCAACAAUGUCAAGAGACUUUAAGAACAGCUCUUGCCAUGGGUGUGGACAGGGCUAUUCAUGUGAUUACAGAACCAAAAGAAUAUGAAUCAAUGCAGCCCAUUCAUGUCUCUAAAAUCCUCUCAAAGAUAGCCACAGAGGAGAAGGCAGAUCUCGUGAUAGUGGGCAAACAGGCCAUUGAUGAUGACUGUAACCAGACAGGACAAAUGACGGCAUCUCUGUUGGACUGGCCUCAGGCAACCUUUGCGUCUAAAAUAGAGAAAUCAAAUGGAGAUCUAUCAGUCAUGAGGGAAAUUGAUGGUGGACUGGAAACAAUAAAAGUGAAAGUACCAGCUGUACUUACUUCUGAUUUACGACUAAAUGAACCUAGAUAUGCAACACUGCCUAAUAUUAUGAAAGCUAAGAAAAAGCCAUUAGUCACGAAGAAACCAUCUGAUUAUGGAGUGGACAUCACACCCCGACAGGAAGUUGUCAGUGUGGAAGAUCCCCCUGUCAGACAGGCGGGACAAAAGGUGGAGUCUGUGGAGGAACUGGUCACGAAACUGAAAGAGGCGGGGCUUGUGUGAUACUGUCCAGCGAAUCAAAUUCAAAGGUAGAAAAGUGAUGUAGAAUGGAAUAAGCAGAUUAAUGGACCAAUGAUAUUUAAAUGGAUAUUUAUACGAUAAUGUCACUGAAAAAAUAUGAUACACCAGUUCACUGAAGGUGCAUGCAUAAUAUCAAAACGGUCAAAAUCAAGGCAUUACGUGGCAUUUAUUUAUGAGAAAAAUUGAGUUAAAUCAGAAUGGGUGUACUUGUUAUGAAAAUUUUGAUUGAAUUAAAACUGAAAUAUAAA